AUGCCGGAUUUGCUAAAACUGAGAACUGAAAAGCCCUUUGUAGAUGAUUCUCUCUUUUACCAUUUCUGUGGCUUUCCAGUUCCCCAAUUACUGACCCUGAUGGCACGCUGCCCCAAAAAUGAGUACUUUGAUAAUUUGCUGCUCUCUUGUAAGCCUUGUCAUCUUCGAUGUUCUAGUACACCGCCGCCUUUGUGUGAAAACUACUGUGAUAAGAGUAUUGAUUCAAGUGGAGUUCUUUGGAUUUGUUUGGGCUUAGGAGUAAUUUUAAUGCUCACUCUGUUCACCUUAAUGGUCUUGUUUAAAUGGAAGCACCUAAAGCACCUAAAAGAAAACCUGAAAAACACAGACUGUUCUGUGGAGCUGAAUAAUAUUCUCAAGGCUAAUACUGAAAGCCGUGUGAAUACAGAAGGAAUUAGACACUCUCUCCAAAGUGAAACAUUAAUGUAUUCAGUGGAAGAAUGCACUUGCAGUGACUGUGGCUUGGUAAAACCUCAGACUGGCUGUGAAACUUCAUUUCCACUACCAGCUACAGAAGAAGGAGCUACUGUUCUAGUUACCACAAAAUCUUUUGAUUAUUGCAACUAUAUUCUGGGUGCUGGGUGA